CUCUGGCAUGGAGAGGGGGCCGGGAUGCUGAUGUCUGAGGGCAGUGGGGUUCGGCCGCUUCUGGCGUGUAGAGGGGGUCGGGACACUGAUGUCUGAGGGUAGCGGGGUCCGGCGGCCUGGCUCUUCUGCCGCUCGCUGACCUGGGCCGCAUCGGGCCUCCUCUCAGCCCGCCGAAGGACGGUAGAGGGAUCACAGAUAAAGUUACAUCAGUCAGACUUCGCCGGAGCUGAUGGUCCUUUUAAAACUGGGAGAUAACGACUUGGGGAGCCACUCGCCAAACAUUAGGGGUUUAAUUUAGAUCCAUAAACCAUGCCCGUGUGUUUUACAUCGAUAGGUGUUCAUUGACACUUCACUGGGUGCGAUCAUUAAGGAGCGGGGACACUUGCGGUGCGGUGAAACCGAAUGAAAAUGUCUUACCUAGCACAUGAAGUUGAACUGAGCAAACGUCAUGAAAAAAUAUUGGGUCUAAGAACUGCAUUGCUUCAGCAAAUGGAAGACCAGUUUGAAAGUCAGAAAAAUGAGAAGAAAAUGCAAGCAGUAAAGUUUGAGUCAGCAAAUGAGAGAAACGCAUUACUUUUAAAAGAUUUGGAAGCAGCAGAGAAAAACUUGAGAGCUGGAGUACAUGUACAACUGCAUCCAACUGUUAUUGCUCUUGAGUGUUUCUCAGUCAGAAGCAUUGACAAGUUUGACAGCAGCCAAAGACUUGGAGUGGGACUUUGGACCAAAUACUGGGCAUCCAUUGAAGAACAACUUCCUAAAUGGGAACAAUUUUUUCCGGGGCGAACAAAAAAUCCAAUUGAAGUAAGGAAUGCAAGGCACAAAAAAUCACAGAACGAGUUACUUCGAGACGAAGAUACCAUUAAAAAUACUAAUUUGCCCUCUCCAGCAUCAACUUUCAAGACACCACCUCAGUUUCCUCAAUCAGGAAAAGAAAAAAGAAUGAAAGCUCAUAAAAAAUGAUUGCUGAUCCAGAAAUACUUCUGUCAUCAAUACGGUUUGUGAAGACUUGUCAUAACAGAUAGUGCUGUUAACUGAAUGGAUCAGAUCAUCUCCUUGUGAACCAUGCCCAGCCACACUUGCGUAACCCAUAUCCAAAAUGCUAAUCUUGCUGGCCCUUUGCAUCCUGAGGCUUCACCUUUGGAGCUUCCAAAGCUGGAAUAAAAGCUUUGCCGCCUUCAGAACCUGUAAUUAAUUUGCACUGUUUUAAAAAUAUCUUUGACAUUCAAGGACAUUUUUUAUAAAACUAUCCAAAAGAUUUGGAAGACAAAAGGAGACUGCAGAUUCUGGAAUCUAGAACAAUAGUCAGAAUGCUGGAAGAAUCUUUCCUGUUUCCUCAGUUAUAAUACAGGGUCUUGACCCAAAAUGUCAAUUUACACCUUCUGCCUGUAUGGGAACUGAUGAUUCAUUGAGUUCUUCCAGCAUUUUGUUUUAUUCGAAAAGGUAGGUUUGUAAUAGAUAGAAAUUAAAACCUAUAUAAAUUAAAAUAUUACAUCAAUUUUUUUUUAAAGUAUUUUCUGCAGGCUAAGACUGCUAUUGUAAUGAAUGGUGUAGGACUGGACAGCUGUUUUGCAGCAAAACCAGGUGCUGCCACUGGACUUGUUUAAAAUCACCUGGGCCAGUGCAAAAAGAUCAAGGAAGUUUAAACUACAAAAAAAUAUCAAAUGUUAAUGAACUUUCUGCUGGCUUAAAAGACACUUUGCUCGUCCCACCAAUGAAUGUAAUGAAUUGUUCUGUGUAGUUAUUUCUAAUUUUUAGGGGCUUAAUUUGCUGGAGAAAAUGAUGCUAUUUGUCAGAAUUAUACUUUCAACUGUAUGAGUAAUAUAGUGCCAGAUUAAAAUAUCAGCAAUUUUUUUAAUGCCAAAGGGGAAGGUAUGGGGGUGGAGGUGGAGUUUCUAUUCGAUUCCACCGGUUUAUAGAAGAUUUUUAAGUUUGCAAUUAUACAGAUGAUUUAGAUGGAAACUUGAACCAUAACUUCACCCCAGAAAAACAGUGUCAAAGCAAUUUGAACUGAUUCCCAACGGUGCCCCUCUUAGCUCAAUCAAAUACUGAAAUUAUGCCCAGGAAAGAUUAUUUAGCAUUUUAUUUUUUAUUAAGGGUUAAUUUCUUCAGGAGCUGGUCACCACUUUAAAAGCCAGCAUUUAUUGCCCAUCCCCAAUUGUCCCUGAGGAGGAGGUGUAACAUCCAGGAAACACAAUUUUGGACUUCCUGUACUUUUUGUGCGUGGUUUACAAGCUUGAAUAUCUCUGUUUUGUCUAAAAACGGUUAAAGAUAAUUCAGCUUUGUGAGCAAAUCUGAUACUACAAUCACCAGUUCUAACUUGUAUUCAUUUUUUAAUAUAAUCAAGUAUUUAAUCCUUGAAUGGGUAGGUUAAUUUGAUGAAUGACUUAAAUCCUACAGAUUUGUUUUUGAUUACUUUUUUCUAAAGUAUGUUGAGUUGGAUUUUAAUAGAUACAAGAGCCUAAUUCUCAUUUGUAUACCUGUAUUUAACAUGCAUGUAAAGUUGAAAUGGGAAUAUUGCUUAUAAAUAUGGAUAAAGGCAAUAUAUUUAUACCAAAGGCAUUGCGUAUGCUAUCAUUAUGGUGGAUUUUGGAAAUUAAUGAAAAUGCAGAUGAAUACUAAGAUGGCUGGUAGGUAAUGCACCAGCUGGCUUGGUAAUGAACCAUGCAUUCCGAGAACAUUCCAGAUUUAAUUCUCAGCAUGUGUUUACGUAACUGAUUGGUGCUAUAGCAUUGUUAUCGACCUCUGUGCACAAGGGAUGAUGAGAAAAAUAACUUGUCAAUGCCCUGUGAUACAUGCUGGAUAGAGGAAUAUUUUUGAUUAUGGUGAAUCAAUUUUUGUCCCUUACUGCUGGUAUGUGGUUCAUCCUACAGUAUUUUUUAUCCUGAAUAGACCACAGCUCCUUUAUCCAAAUGCUAUUCUUCAUCAAUGAGCUUAUACCUUGAACUAUUUGAACUUGAGUGGCAUCACAGAGACAAUACUGCCCAAACCUGAGAUUCUCAAAAUACCUUUCUUUUAAUGUUUCACUGGACAUUGAUAUGUGAGAGUUUUGGCUUACUUUUCCACAUCAUCCCUUGCCAUGGAGGUCAAUAAUAGUACCAUUGCAUCAGUCAGCUAAGUAAACACAAUUUGGGAAUUAAACUUGGAAUGUUCUCGUUCUGCACGUUUCAUUGCCAUGCCAGCUGGUGCUAUUUACAUGCUGGCCUUCUCUGUACUCAGCUGUAUUGUAUUCAUUUGGAGAAGUCCACUGUGAAUGAUGGCGUAUGCUAUUUUUGAGGUUUAAGUACAUAUUGAUUUAUCCAUAUACAAUGUCAGUCAUUAAAGAUUUUGUAUCUUUGAAAAUUAUUGUUUAUAGUAUUUAUGAGCUUUUUUCUGAUGUUAGUUGAAAGUUGAUGGGAGAAAAAAUUGCUCAUAUAUCCUAUUUAACCGUUACGUUUCUGAGCUCCAGUGGUGAACAAUGAAACUAUCUGGAUUGAACCAAAUAAAUGAUGAGGAUGUUAAAUGAAGGAAGUUAGGAUUUAAGAUAUUUAUUUAUUAGUCACAUGUACAUCAAAACACACAGUGAAAUGCGUCUUUUUGAGUUACUGAGAAUAUGUUGGGGGCAGCCCGCAAGUGUAGCCACUCUUCUGGCACCAAGACAGCAUGCCCACAACUGGGAUGUCAAUUCUAGAAAAAUUGUAUCCAGUCACUUGGGGAGAUCUUGGUUGUCUUAAAGUAGGAUUUUUAUAUUGUGCGUAUUUUGAGUACAGUCAUGAUUUGUAUGCAUUUCCAUGUACUGAAUCAAACACCACAGGUGCCAAGAAUUUCCUGGAAAAAUAAGGCCAGAUUCAAUGUCCACUGGUACUAGUGAAAACAAAACAAAAGUAGAAAUAUGUGACACAAAAAUGUUAUGUUGCAAGCAAUUUGGACUGCUAAUUCGUUAUGUACAGAUCUUGGUAACUGUAUGGUUUCUGAUCAUGGUAGAAUCUAUGUUCAUUUAUUUCAAAUACAUUUUCACCUAUAAAAUGAACUGUCAAUUGGCAAAUAUAUUUCCCCAGGUCUUGUAUAUAAUUCACUACCUGUGGCAUUCUAUUUUGAUUGUUGAAUUACUGUUGAAAUAAUUGCUUCUGAAAGGUGUGGGAAUAAAGUGAA